AUGAUCAGUUUGCGAAUAAAAUUCGCGUUACUCUUGGCAAUCGCAUCGGUCGCAGCGGAAGAAAGUGAGGCGAAUAACGCGAAAACAAACGGGGAAAACGAAAGUAGUUUUACGACUUUGGAAAGUCCGACGGACAAUGCAACUUUAAUAAACAUGGACCAAAGAAGAAUCGAUUUCGAUUUGACCGAAACAAUGAAUUCACGUCAAAAGGAAUUGGAUGACGCCGUUAUCUAUGGCAUUAAAACUACGGACGCGCUUUUCAAUCAAAAGGAGCCGGAGCUGUAUAAGAUGGGCUUGAUUUUGGAGAAGAACCAUCCGGCGAGUUACGUGGCGAAAUUUGGGGCGCCGAACGAAAAAGCUCUGAAACUGUCCAGGUUCGGAUACGUUGCUCUUGAGGCCAGCAAAAAAAUUGCAGAAACGUACCCGGAAAAUGUGGGCAGAGACGCCGGAUUUCCAGAAUCGGUGCAGUCCAGGUUGUUGUUAGACGAGUGUCCACUGAGGGGCCUGCCCAGGUGUUCUCAGGCCUCCAAAAGGUACCGGACUGCUGAUGGUACCUGCAACAACCCGCGACAACCAUGGAGGGGCGCCGCUAUGUUGCCCCUUCAGAGGUUCAUGCCUCCCGUCUAUCAAGAUGGCAUCCAGAGUAUUCGCAGAUCGAUCUUUGACAAUCGCCUUCCGUCACCAAGGACAAUAAGCACAAGAGUCCACAGAGACAAAAAUCACGAAAUUCAAAGCGUCACUCUCAUGUUGAUGCAAUGGGGUCAGUUCAUCGAUCAUGACGUCACAUCCGUUGUAAAAUCACGCAGCUUCAACGGGUCAAUACCCAGAUGCUGCGACAGAGGAGGAAGAGGAUUUUUACCACCAGAACUUAUGCAUCCUGCUUGUUUACCCAUAGAAGUACCAGACGACGAUUGGUUUUAUUCCAGAUUUAGAAUACGCUGUCUCGAAUUCCUAAGAAGCGCUCCUUCCACACGAAUUGACUGUGAUUUGGGUUGGAGAGAACAACUGAAUCAGGUAACACCUUUUAUAGACGCCUCCCCCAUUUAUGGAAGCGACAUAGAAACAUCCGACUCCGUCAGAACUUUUAGAAACGGUAAACUAAUAUAUGGAAGGAGCAGGAAUCAAAGGCCAUUAAACCCUCCAGAUCCGCCAGGUGGUGAAAUUUGCAGAUCUGGUGCUUUGUCGUCGGACUGUUUCCAACCUGGUGACGGAAGAGUUGACGAACAGCCCGGUUUGACAGCAAUGCAUACUGUUUGGGUCAGAUACCAUAACAAAAUUGCUACAGUUUUAUCAAAAUUAAACAGCCACUGGAGCGAUGAAAAAGUUUUUCAAGAGACUAGAAAAAUUGUUUAUUCUGUUAUUCAACACAUUACUUACAGAGAAUUUUUACCUAUUAUAUUAGGACAAGAUGUCAUAGAAAUCUUUGAACUGAACUUGAUGAGAAAGGGAUAUUAUACAGGUUAUGAUGUAAGAAUAAAUCCUCAAGUAGCUAACGCAUUUAGCGCUGCAGCAUACAGAUUUGGCCACAGCAUGGUGCAAAACUCUUUCAUAAGAUUCAACAGCCAACACAGACCACUUUUUAACAACGUCACCCUCCAUGAAGAUCUGGACAAUGAAGAAAAUAUCUGGUCACUAGGAUCUGUGGACAGACUCAUUCUGGGGUUACUGAAUCAACCAGCACAAAGACGCGAUGAAUUCGUGGCUGACGAACUAUCAAAUCAUCUUUUUCAGUUCUCAGAUUCGCCAUUUGGUAUGGAUUUGUCAGCCAUUAACAUACAAAGGGGCAGAGACCACGGUGUUCCUCCCUACACGUCUUGGAGAGAACCUUGUGGAUUAACCGCUGUGAAAUCCUGGAAAGACCUGGAAUCAAUCAUGUCCUUUGAAACAAUCCAGCGGUUCAGAUCGUUGUACGAGCACGUAGAUGAUUUAGAUUUGUACUCCGGUGGUCUGGCGGAAAAACCACUUCGCGGAGGAAUUGUGGGGCCAACUUUUGCCUGUAUUAUAGCUCAACAGUUCGUAAACUUGCGCAAAGGUGACAGAUUUUGGUACGAAAAUGGCGACAUGGACAGUUCUUUUACUCCGGCACAAUUACAGCAGAUCAGACACGUAACUUUGGCACAAAUACUCUGCCAGACCAUGGAAGGCAUUGAGACCAUUCAACCCUUCGUUUUUCUUUCUCAUGACAACUUUAGGAACGUAAGACUACCCUGCAAUAGCCCUUUAAUCAACAACUUUGACCUAUCUCCUUGGGGUGAACGGGAAUUCAAAGAGCUGGAUGAUAAUAUAGACAUAAUUGACAUUAAAGACGAGGCAAGAGCUAAGUCUAAGGACAACUGCGACAAAAAACGGACUAAAAGACGCAAGACUGUUAUAAGUAAUGCCAACAGACCGACUGCAAGACCUCCAAAUGUUAAUCUAGGAAUGACAACUCCAAGACCACAAGUCACAACAGCUAGUUCACUUAUUAGAACAACGACAAAGAAAAACAUUAAAAAGACUGAAGCACCUUUACGAAUUCCAAUAAUGAACAUUACGACAAGUAGUAUCAAACUAGAAGAGAAAUAUGUGACCAAUAACAAAAUUAGACCUUUACACUAUUAUGACGAUGACAGAAAUCGUGUGACUUACUUAUUCGGUGUUGUAGAUAAAACCACACCCAAACCUAAGACUGAUAAACCUAUAGAACUAAACAUUAAAAUUCAAUACUUUAUUCCAACCACUACAAAAAAGCCUAAAAAACGUAAAGGCACCAAGACUCCUACUUACAUUCAAACUUCUCAGACUUAUGGACAAAACUCACAGACUAACGACGAUAUUUACCCUAUUUUUGUACAACAAGACGCUUAUAACAGACCUUCGAAUGUUGACAAUGAUCCCAAGCCAAAUUUUGAUCAAAACAGACCUGAAUUUAGUUAUAAUAAACCAAUUAAUGAUGGUUUUAAUUACGUUAGACCUUCAAGACCAAACACUGACAUUUAUAACGACAAUCCCUACAAUAGACCUUCCGACUAUUAUAACACCAGACCUGACAUACCAAGUAUUAGUGUUUACGUUGACGACAGACCAACUAAAAAACCUUACACAAUCAGACCUACGAGUUAUUAUGAUAAUUUUGGCUAUCAAUCACAAUAUGAUGAUACGCCAUUUUACACAACCCAGAAACCGUACAGACCGACUUACAACACGAAACCAAGUUACAGUGACUUGUACGAAUACAACAGACCUAGUUACUCACAAAACAGUUACAACAGAGACGAUCCGAUUUCUGAACUUUAUUCACAAAUUUAUACUGAAGGUGAGACUAAUGUAAACCUACCAAUGAAGCCCACUUUUGGCCAGUUGGAUAAUCGUAAAAAACCAAACAAAUUUUAUAGUGUUGCACAUGUGGAGAAAUUGGAUGAUAAAUUGGAUUUUAAGACACGACUAGUUUACGACAAACGCGGACAAUUCAGUAGACCAGACUAUGAUGACGACGAUGACAAUGACGAUGACAGAUUCAUUAAAAUUUCCUCUGUAAAAGCCGACAAAAUUGUGACAAAAACGAAGAACAAAUACAUGCAUACGGCCCAGAGUAAAGAAGGAGACUUUGACUUGGACAUUGUGACCGACAAAGCUAGACAGAAAAAAAUUAGACUAGUAGAAAUUGAAAUGGUACCCAGUGAAGUUAAAAAUGAUCAGUGGCUGAUUUUUAAUGCGACUGAAGAAGAAAUGCCCUUGUGGUCGAUGCCUGACAUCAACAAAAACAUUUCUUGCUCUCAAGAAUUUCCUAAACCUAUAAAAUUGAAAAAAAAAAAUAAUAAAUUGACUUGACAAGACAUACAUUUAAAUCUAAAGACUGGACUAUAACUAACAGACUACGAGGAUCAGUUUUAAAACUGCUACUGCGUAAUUUUAG